CAGUGAAGCUGCCCUGCCACGCACAAUAAGCUACAGCGCCGCGUCGAGAGGAGAGAGAAGGAAUCGAUCGAGGUGGGUUGUUGACCCCGAGAUUAAUAGCCAUUCAUCAAUUCGCGAUCCGAUUCCCUCCCUCCCUCUCUCCCUCGUGCCGACGCAGACGCAGCUGCAGCGGCUGUUGCUUUCAACCGAUCGCUGAUCGAGCCGCCGCCCAGUGGCCAGCGCCACCUCAUUCACCCAGACCUCCCGCCCGUCGGCAUGGGCAGCUGCGUGAGCAAGAAGGCCGCCGGCGCCAGGGGCAAGGUGGCCGCCCCGCUCCCGGUAGCGGAGAAGGACAAGGAGGGCGCCCACGCGCUGCCGCCGGUGGCGGAGGAAGAGGAGGAGGAGGUCAAGGAGGUGGUGCUGUCCGAGGCGCCGGCGCCGCGGCCGCCGCCGGAGCCGGUCAAGCGCGGGCAGCAGCCGGAGGCCGAGGAGGCGUCGGCGCCGUCGUCCAAGGCGUGCAGCGACAGCGCGUCGGUGGAGUCGUCGGCGGCGAAGGCGAAGGUGCAGCAGCCCGGGGUGGAGCGGGAGGCGGAGAAGAGCGCGGCGGCGGACGCGCCCGGCAAGAAGGGGAGGACGACGGCACCGGAGGAGAGGGAGAGCAGGCCCCCCAGGGGCGGCGGCAGUGCCGGGCCCGGGAACGGGCGCGCGAGGUCGCCGUCGCCCUCGUCGGCGCACAGGAGGCAGCAGCAGCACCACCACCACCCGCCGGAGCCGCGGCCGCGGCGGCGGGAGCAGCAGCCUCCCGUGGUGUCCGGCAUCGGGUGCCGCAGCGGCCGGUUCUCGCCGUCCGCGGCGAGGCGCGCCGCCGAGAGCGCCGUCCGGCGGACGCACUCGGCGCGGGAGGUCGACAUGGCGCUCCCGUCGAGGCGCUCCCUCGCCGCCGCCAUCAACGGCACCGCCGGCUGCUACGGGGGCGGGGGCGCUCUGAGCAGGCGGCCGGACCCCGGCGAGCGGUCGGGCCGGCGGUCCGACUCCCCGACGACGGGCCGGCGCGCGCCCGCCUCCCCCGGCGCGACCCACCGGGUGGGGAGCCCCGCGCGCAAGGCGGCCGCCAAGGAACAGCGGCACGGCACCCCCGAGCGAGCCAGGCCGCGCGCCAGGGACGGCGGGGAGCUAGCCGGAUCGGGUGGAGGAGGGGAGCGCAGGAAGGUGGCGGAGGGUGCGCUGGGGCAGAACCCGUCGGUGGCCAUGGAGUGCUUCAUCUUCCUCUAGGGAUCAGGGCUAGCUAGCUGCUGUCGUCUCCUGUUCCUUGUCUUGCUCGGUAACUCGUCGGACAUUUUUAUCGUGUCGCCAUCUCAUCGAUGGCACACAUCACACAUGGAAGGCUCGCCAUUGUCGCUUGGCUCACUGUCGCCAAUGCCGUA